AGCUGUUCAGACGUCAGAGCGGAAUAUUCAAUCGCGCGCUUUCGACUUUUUCAGUGGCAAACUGUUUAAACUUUGCCGACGACGCAGUUUACGUUCUGUUUUUUAAGAGCCACAAAUAUAAAUAAAAGUCCGCCAAGCAAGAAGUGUUGAACAAAAAUCCACAACUGCAACGCUAAGUGAGCAAAGUGUCUUCCGUCGUGAACAUGGCAUUACUGAGCCAGAUGUGUUAAAUUUGAAUGUUUAGGAUAAUCAAAUUGGUAUACUAAAUAACCGCAAAGCAAACAAAAAACUCCAGCCACAUGGCAGUGUUCCAAAGGAGGAUUGUGCUGCCACUGCUAGUUUUGAUCUCUUGGAGCUAUGCAUUUCCCCAGCCCCCCCUGGUCGAGUUGGAGGAUGAGGACAUUACCGCAAACUGCGGAGGCGAGAAUGGAGCUCCGCUGAUGACGCCCUGCAAGAACUCCAUAAUUCUGGAAUACAAUACCAAAACCGAGCUGAAAUGCGAGGCGGACGGGCCGAUGAUCUGGUGGAACAACCACCAAGUACUUCCAAGCACUCCGUUUGAAAAUACCGAGGAUCCGACACGGCCCUACGGCACAAGCCUGGAACUGAUCGAUGUGACGGCCGACCAAGUGGGUGCCUAUUACUGCGUGAAGUCUACGAAUCAUACGAAAAUCAGAGAAAUGCCGGAGGAGGAAUUGAUCGAGUUGGUGAGCCUGGGCAACGCCAGCUCCAUCUACGUAUACGUGAAUGACCCAAGCAAUAAGCUGGUCCUCCUCGAUGUCAUAGCUACGGCCGUGCAGUACACCGACGUGGUUGUACCCUGCAAGCCAACGAUGCCCGACACAGAGGUGCUGCUGGAGACCAGUGAUGGAGCUGUACAUUCCAGCAGAUCCGUCGGUCGGUACGAUCCACAGCGGGGAUUCACCAUCGCAAUCCGCAGCAUCGCAGAUGGCGGCGAUUACUACUGCCGGCCAAAAGAGGCCUUUCCGGAUAACGAAGAGGAAUUGGUCAUCAUUCCUGUACGCUUUAUUGGUAACGGUCACAUUGAUAAAUCAGGAUUGGAAAUUCCCAGUACCCAGUACCCACCGCCAUCGGGAUCCUUCACUAACUCACGGGUCACCGGUGACGAUGACGAAGUCCUCCCUACUAACCAAUCGACGGGCAAAGUGGCACUAAUCUAUACUGAUGGUGAUGGUGAUAGUGAUGGUGAUGGCGAUGGAGCUUCACCCUGGAAUCGGGCGAAGCGAAGUCCAGCCCGGCUGUCCCCGAUGAAUGCGUCGCCCUCACCCAGACCAGGGCAAGCCGGCAAACCGCUGCCAAGUCCCGUGAUCAAGCCCCUUCCAGACCGUCACGUCAUCACGGGCACCAACUUCACCCUGGAUUGCGAGCAGUCCGCUUACUUCCACGCAACAUACACCAUGAAAUGGCAAACUCCGGGUAGAGACAAGGAUCGCAUCUCAUUCACGGAGGCCUCAAUUGAUACGAAGACCAAGAACAGCACCCACCAGUUGGGUAGGAGCACAUUGACGGUACUGAAUACCCAACGUUCAGAUUCCGGUCUGUACAAAUGCCAGGUCACGGAAAAUGCCAAGUCAAACAUACAAUUCUCCUCGUACAAGAUUAAAGUCUUAGGUCCAGACGAAACCUACUUGAAUGUGCACGAGCCAUCGGGACAUUACGAUGUACGGGAGUAUGCCAACCGCACUAUCCAGAUGACGGCCAACUUCGAGGGUUAUCCAACGCCCGAAAUCAAAUGGUUCAAGCCAGAUGGAACAGAGGUGCGCCAGUCGGAGAACAACCUGAAGAUCAUAUCCACGGAGCUGAGCACAACGCUCAAGAUUCUGAAUGCCCAGCUGCAGGACAGCGGCACAUACGUCCUCCGGGGCACGAAUACCUUUGGCACCAAGACCAGGGAGUACAACGUGAGUGUGAUGGACGCCCCGGUACUGAGGAUGUCGGACGCCUAUGUCCAGGUGGGCUCCGUGGUGCGACUGGAGUGCAGCGUGAGCGCCUUUCCGCCGGCGAUAGUCACCUUCGUGUUCCGUCCCUGCCGCCUGGAGCCCAAUUGGCCCACCUGCACCGAACCCUUUCAGAACUUCAGCUUGCCAAGAGUACAAGAGGAAUAUGAGUUCCAAACCAAACCGAGACCCGGAAAGUUGAGUGUGGAAACCAUAGUCGAGGUAUCCUUCCGGCCCACGGAGCCAGGAAUCCUCACCUGCAUUGCCCAGAAUCUGGUGGGCGACAAGGAACGAAGGACCCUAACCAAGGCGCACGUAUUGCUGGGCAAUAUCUCUGAGAAUAUGACCAUAUAUGGCUUCGACAAGGACCAGAAAAUCGCCAAGGAAGACAAUUUGAACUUUACCUGCGAGGCACUGGCCUAUCACUUCGACGGCAAUCUCAAAUGGCUUCAUGAUGGCGAGACAUUGGAGGAGUCCAAAGGUGUUAUUAUUGAAAACAGUAAUACCAAUUUCUCCUACAAGAGCACUCUGCAUUUUACUUCGGUAUCCGACAUGGACCGCGGAACCUAUGAGUGCCGGGCCUAUGAGAUCAGAAAUUCCUCCCUGUACACCAGCCGCGAGAUAACCAUGUACGUCCACGACCCUUCGCCUCCGCAGUGGGUGAGCCCCAGCCAGAAUGCCAACUCGAAAAUCAAGAGGAAUCUGAGUCAAACUCUGGAGCUGGAGUGCGUCUCCAAGGCUAUUCCCGUGGCCUCGGUGCGGUGGUUCAAGGACGACGUGGAGUUGGCCGAAUCGAAGCUCAGGCACUUCAUUGGUAAUGGCGAAAAGCUGCGGAUCACUCACCUUUAUCCCGGCGACGAAGGCGCAUACAGGUGUCUGGUGGAGAACCGGCUGGGCAGCAUUCAGAGCUACUUCACGGUGGUAAUUUCAGACCUGCCCGGUAUUAACGCGUUCUGGAUUUGGCUCGGUACGAUUAUAUUCCUGAUGCUGAUCAGCCUGUGCGUCUUCCUGGCCCUUCGCUACCAGAAAGAGCACAAGCGGAAUCUGGCCCUAAAGGCCGCCGGUCUGGCCAAUUUCGAGGAGGGUGCCGUGGGGCACAUUAAUCCCGAUUUGACCCUGGACGAGCAGGCGGAACUGUUGCCCUACAAUCGAGAAUUCGAGUUCCCUCGGGAAAACCUCAAGCUGGGCAAGCAGCUGGGAGCCGGAGCCUUUGGCGUGGUCCUCAAGGGAGAGGCCAGGAACAUCCGGAAGGAGGAGCCCACCACCACGGUGGCGGUCAAGAUGGUCAAGCGGACGGCCGACAACGAGGUGGUGCGGGCACUGGUCUCAGAGCUCAAGAUAAUGGUCCAUCUGGGCCAGCACUUGAACGUGGUCAAUCUCCUGGGAGCCGUUACCAAAAACAUUGUGAAACGGGAACUCAUGGUUAUUGUUGAGUACUGUCGCUUUGGCAAUAUUCAGAACUUUCUGCUGAGGAACAGGAAGUGCUUCAUCAAUCAAAUCAAUCCAGAUACCGAUCACAUAGAUCCCAACAUCAUGACCCAGCGCAUUUCCGAUAACUUUGACCUGCACCGCGAUGCGAAUGGUGGUGGUGGCUUGAAGUACGCCAAUGUCCACUCGUACAUGAAUCAAUUGCACUCGCCGCACAACAAUAACACCCAACCGCCGCCUCACCGCAGGAACUCGGACAAUGAUCCCCGACCGGGCACCCGAGCCGGACGACCAGGAUCCGGAUCCGCCACCUACAGCUACGACCGGCAGAUGGACACCUGUGCCACCGUGAUGACCACCGUUCCGGAAGACGAACAAAUUAUGUCCAACAACUCCGUGCAACCCGCGUGGCGUUCCAAUUACAAGACGGACUCCACGGAGGCCAUGACGGUGACCACAAUUGACCUGGUCAGUUGGGCCUUCCAAGUGGCCCGCGGCAUGGACUAUCUGUCAUCCAAGAAGGUAUUACAUGGUGAUCUGGCUGCCAGAAACAUUCUCCUCUGCGAAGACAAUGUGGUGAAGAUUUGCGACUUUGGCCUGGCUCGGUCCAUGUACCGAGGGGAUAACUACAAAAAGUCAGAGAGUGGCAAGCUGCCCAUUAAGUGGCUGGCGCUGGAGUCACUGAGCGACCAUGUGUUCAGCACCUACAGCGACGUUUGGUCCUUUGGCAUUGUGCUUUGGGAGAUGUUCUCGCUGGCCAAGGUCCCGUAUCCGGGCAUAGAUCCCAACCAGGAGCUGUUCAACAAGCUGAACGAUGGCUACCGCAUGGAGAAGCCGCCCUGUGCCAACGGGGAGCUCUACGAGAUUAUGCUGGAGUGCUGGCGAAAGAAUCCUGAGAGCAGACCUUUGUUUACAGAGCUGGAGAAGCGUUUUGCCAGAUUACUGGGCGAGGACGUGGCCAAUCACUAUCUGGACCUAAACAACCCGUACAUGCAGAGCAACAUAGAGUACAUGAAGAACCAGCCGACGGACUACCUGUCCAUGAUGGGAUCCCCCGACGAGCUGGCACCGGCCGCUCCACGCUACGUGAACGGACACAUAGUGCCCGAUAUCCGCAUCGAGGAGCUGCCGGAUGAUUACAUGGCAAUGAGUCCGGACUCUGAUCCCGAUGCCGGCACCGCCAUAUUCUCACCCACGCGCCUCAAAGGCGAGGCGUCCGACUUUCCGGACUUCUCAAGCGAAACCACUUUCAAUUUCCCAGGAGCGCGGCAAUCGCCUACGCUGAGCAACAAUCUGAACAGCGGUUCCAGCAAGCCGCUGCUCAAGAAGAACGGCCUGCCCACGGUGGCAGCGGCGGAUCAGGAUCCGGAGGAGAUACCCAUGCUGCACCGCCGCUCCGACGGAUCGGACGACCAGAGUCCGGAGCAGGGCAGGAGAUUCAAUCAGGCCCUCCAGCAGCAGUAUGUCACGCCCACGCCUUCGCCCCGCCAUCAUGUGGAGACGAAACUCAAUGGGGAUUCCGCCGAAAACUACGUGAAUGUGAAGCCACCCAGAAAGAAUAUACCCGGCAAAACCACAACUGGAGGAGGGGGUGGUGGUGUUGGGGGAGCGGCACCCACGGAAGCCUUCUCGAAUCCCAGCUACCAGUCACUGUCCACCGUCAACGAGCAGCGAAGGUAUUAGGAAGUCCCGGAGCCAUUAGUUUAAGUCCUCUACACAGCUUAGUUGGAGUUUUAAAUGGAUUGAAAAAUAAUUGAUUUUAGGAAAACAAAUUAUUAUAAAACAUGAUACAGCACGAUAAAAAUAUUUAGGUUCCAACUGAUCUAUAUAGGGGACUUUAAAAAACCAUACUACUUAGUGACAUUGUCAAGAUUCUGAUAUAGCUUUAAGACCACCCACACUCACUCCAUGUUAAAUACUAUUAAUGCCAUUUCAUGUUUUAGCUUAGUCUAGAUCUAAGCCGAAUAAACUUAUCUAUGUAUGUAAUUGUUUGUCUUGUAUUAUGUAUGCAUGCACCUACGACUACUCAAAUACAAUGAGUAUAAUAACAAUA